CCUUGUUUGCUUAUACUCCUGCUUAUUGCACUUUGACUUUGUCCUAUCUUAUUCUUGGUAACUGUGCAGCCAUGCCUUAGUGUUGGCAAUUCUGAUAACGUUAUAUCAUUUCUUUACAGAGAAGAAGAGGACUGGAAAGUUUCAACCUCUAAAGAAGCUCUUUGGAAAGAAGAAAAAGAAGACCUCUUUGCUUCAUUUUCAAGAAGGCAAACUUAAGCCAAGUCAGUCUAUUGGCAGUGUGUGCAGUAACCCACUCUCGGCGUUGUCUUCGGAUGAAGAAGCAUGUGAUAAUCUGAGGUUCCUCACCAAUAGCAUGGGAACAAGAGCCUUUUCUCAUGACAGUAUAUUCAUACCGGAUGGGCAGGUUGAAGAUGAGCAAGAAUCUCAGGCUACACCACAAGACCACAGUGUGGGGAAAGUGAAGUCUCUCCAGCAACAAUUGGGAAAGAAUAUUCGGUUUGGACAACCGCCGCCAGCCAAUGUUCCGCUGAAGAGGAUGCAAGAUUUGGGGGCUACACAGGAGGAAACACAGAACAGUAGCAUGGAUAGCCUAGGGGAACGUGAUGUGGGAUUUCUCAGUAGUGGCAGUAAGAUUCUAGGGUCACCGAGUUCUCAUGGCACCAGGAAUGUUCCUCAGCCAGAACACAAGACAGAGGAAAAGGUCACUCCUGUGAAAUCGUCUCGAACAAAAAGACCAUCUGGCACAAUUGACUCUAUAAACUUGGAUGUCGUUCCACGAUCUGCCGCUUGUUUAGAUAAUACUGCCGCUAAACACAAACUUUCUGUCAAGCCAAAAAAUCAGAGAGUGUCAAAGAAACACAGAGGGAUGUCCCAGGAUUGUUACAGCAUAGAAGACAACGAACAUGAAACUGGACUGAAUGUGCAUCGAUCUCUCAAUAAAGCCAUGUACCACUCAAUGGAUAUUUCCAAUCAGGAUAUAAUUGUGUCUAAUUAUUUUGAGCGAAAAGCCUGUGGAUUACAAAUUCCUGAGCAUACUCAAGUGACCAAUAGACAAUAUGAAGGGGAAAAACAUAAGGAGCCAAUCACUUUUAAAUCUGAAGAAAGUAGACAAAUGGAUAAAGGAAAGAAGUCAGUAGCAGAUAAACGUACCACAGAAGAGGAACAAAGAAGACAGGAAAUCAUUAGGAACAUUGAGUUAGAAAGGCUCCAGCAUAAGAUAAAAGAACAGAAAGAAAAUGAAAUGAAGGAACAGCGUAGACGUGAAGAAGAGAAAAAACUGCGGGCUGAACAAAUUCUGAAAGAAUUAGAAGAAGACAGAAAACAAGAUGAGCAAAGACAACGUGAGGAGGAGAGAUGUCUCAAAUUAGCAGAAGAACAAAAGACUCAUGAGCUGGAGCAACAGAGAACAUUGCAGCAAGCUGCAGAGCAGAAGAAGAUUGAGAUAGAGCAGCAAAUGGAACAACAGAAAGCUUUGCAGGAUGCUGAGGAACAAAAAAGACGUGAAGUAGAGAAGCAAAACGCCCUUCAGUUAGCAGAGGAACGGAAAAUGUGUGAAAAGGAGGAACAGAGAGCUCUGCAGGAAGUUGAAGAGCUGAACAAACGCAAACUUGAGGAGCAAAGAAUCCUUAAGAUGGCAGAAGAGCAGAGAAAUCGUGAACUGGAGCAACAAAAAGCACUCGAAAUUGCAGAAGAAGAGAGAAAGUGUGAGAUGGAACAGCAGAAAACAAUUCAAAUGGCAGAAGAGCAGAUAAUGCAAGAACUGGAGCAGCAAAAAACACUUAAGAUUACAGAGGAGCAGAGAAAGCAUGAACAAGAACACCAGAAAGCACUUCAGAUUGCACUGGAGCAGAGAAAGUAUGAAAUGGAACAACAAAAUGUACUUCAGAUAGAAGAACAGAAAAGAUCUGAACUGGAGCUGCAGAGGACUUCUCAAAUGGCAGAAGGACUGAAGAAACAUAAACUGGAACUACAGAGAUCUCUUCUUGUUGGAGAGGAGAUAAAACAUGACUUGGAGGAACAUAGGGCAGCUGGGGUGCAGAAAGGGAUUGAAGUGGAAGACCAAAAAGCUGUUCGACUAGUGGAGGACAAAAAAUUGGUACACGAGGAACCUUUAAAGAAAGAAUAUCCAAUUAAUGAGGAUAUUAAGAAGAAUGUAGUUGAGGUAAGGCAUUCCUCUCCAGAUCAUGAAAGCAGUAUUACAGAAAAACAUCUACCUGAAAAGCUGAAAACAGAUGAAAUAAGUAAAGAAAAUGACACAGAUUUAAAACAGAGACAAAGUAAUGAAGAACUCCGAUGGAAUGAGCUUGACCAAAGGCAAAGACCAUUUACAUUUAAGGUCACGUCAGGUGAAAAGCAGAUUAUAUUUGAGAAAGUUAAUUUAUCUCCAGUUACAUUAGUAAAAGAGCAACCAACAUGCCCUGAUAGACUGGACCCUAAAGAAACUAAAACGAAUAUUAGUUCACAUGUUCUUCCAUCCUCCCAGUGCAUUCCCCACACUGCAAUUUUGGUUACAGGAGCACAACUGUGUGGUACAGCUGUAAACCUUAACCAGAUUAGGGACACCGCUUGUAAAACAUUGCUUGGACUGACUGAAGAAAGGAAAUUAGAUCUUGCCGAAACCAAAAAUGAAAGAGAUAUGGGCAAUACUAAAUAUAUCAGCAGUAAAACAAAAUAUACAUCAGAGACAUUGGAAAAUCAGUCCUUCAUGGAAGAAUGGGCUUCCAUUAGGUCAAAAAUAUUCAACAAAUCUGAAAAUGUUGCCAUGACCGAAAAUAAUAAAACUGAUCCUUGUGUACCUAGUGAUGACUGGAUAGGAAAGGGUAAAGAUGACUCCCAUAACAUCUUACGAAAGACAAUGUCAGCUAGUGCUAAAUUUUCUAUAACACCAGCAUGGCAGAAAUUUCCAGAAUCUGCGAAAACCGUUGAAUUUAGUAGUGACACCCCAGCAAUGAAAUCAAAUAAGGAACAUAUAGGAACAGUGUUACCUGACAACACAGCUGAGAGAAGGCUCACAGAAAGGGCACUGAGUGUCCAAGAAGUGGUGGCAAAUAAAAUGAAAAGGCAAGCUACGAUUGAAGGUGGUGCAGAAGGUUGUAUAUUUUCUAAAGAUCUUCCAUCCUUCUUGGUUCCUUACCCACCUCCGUCUCCUCGUCGUGGUCAUUUAGAAGAGCAAACUUCCCUCAAUGCACAAAUGGCCAACAGUAUGAGAAAACCAGUUAAAUUAUUACAAAGUUCAGAAGAGAAAAUGGCUCCAUUUGGAGUCAAACUAAGAAGGACACAUUAUUCCUUGAGAUUUCAUUCAGAUCCUCAGAAUGAACAGAAACGGAAGAAACGAUAUAGUGCAGGUGACAGCUUUGAAGGUGUUCCUACUCCAUUAACUGCAGGAGAUGAAACAGAAAUAAGGACUUUACCCAACAAAGAAUUGUCAGCAUCCCCUACUAAGUUAAAGAAAGAUAGCACGGUUAAAUUAUUGCUAGAUACCUCAAACUAUCUAUCUGAAAACAUUUAUAGUACUUUCAUUUCUCCACUGACCCCAGGUACAAGUCCUCAUUUGUCAUCACCUAACAAAGACAGAAUAGCUCCUAAGUCGCCCAUCAUCCAGAAGCCGUCACUUGCUCCUAAACCAUCCAGCCCAACUCCACCAUCCUCCCCUCUUUCAAAACUGAAUAAAACAGAUAUGAAAGACCCUCAUGGGGAAAGUCUGGGCAAAACAGAGCAAAUAAGUGUAACAGAGGAAGUUAAAGUAAGCGCAGCUUUUCCAUCUUCAAAACAUAGUGAAAGUCUUGAGUAUGAUAGAACAGAUAAAGCAAAUUUGCCAUCAAUCCCAUGGAGAGAGAAACCAGAAAAAAGACCAGAGAAAACAGGAAGAGAGAGACCUGUGCUUCAGAGUCGACAUUCAUUAGAUGGCACCAGACUGAUGGAGAAAGUUGAAUCAGCUCAACCACUCUGGAUCACACUUGCUCUGCAGAAACAAAAAGGAUUCCGUGAACAGCAAGCAUCCAGGGAAGAGAGGAGACAAGCCAGAGAGGCCAAGCAAGCUGACAAGCUAGCGAAGGAAACUUCAUCUGGUGUCCUAGUAGGCGAAUACAGAAGCAGAUCUGGGUCACUGCAGAAGCCACUACCCCACGAAGAGAAGAAAUGUGAGACAGUGGUGACUAGACUCCAGCGCAGGGAACAGCUACAGAAAUCCAACACUCUUCCAACAUCAGUCACAGUGGAAAUUACAGAGACUGUUCCCGUAACACAUGCAAAGGAUCUUCCAAAGAGGUUCUCCACUCCAGAUGCCACUCCUGUCUCAUCAGAACCAGCUUGGUUGGCAUUAGCCAAGAGGAAAUCAAAAGCUUGGAGCGACUGUCCACAAAUUAUUAAGUAGAUCCAUUGUCGUAGGUAGUUAGAUCCUCAUUAGAUGUCCUUAACUCCUCUCUGUUUACCACUAUAUGGUUGUUUCGAUAGACUUCCACCGUGAUAACAUUUACUUGUCCGGGUGCUUUCUCCAGAAACAUUUAUAUAAUGCUAUUGUUAUUUUGGUCAAAUGUGAAUCCACAAAUGACCUUUAUUGCUACAUUUUAAGAGACUGAAGUAAUGAAAGUCAUGUGGCAAGUCAUAGGGAAUGGUGACAGGGCUUGGAGUUUAUCAACCAACUACAGAUCUUCACCAUGCCUAUGGCAUCACAGAUAUAAGUACUGUAUUCAGGUAGUCGAUUGGCUUGUGUAUAUGGCUGUAUUGAUAUUCCUUAAAAAAAAUAAUAUGAGCAUACAUUUUUAUCUUAGCUGAAAGAUAGCUGCCACAACCUGCACAAAACGAUGUCUUCUCUGGACCAAUAUGGCCAAUACAGAUUUGCACUUUUUCUUUAUGAUGCAUUCAUAUUUUGCACACUAUGGUAUUAUGUGCCUCUACUACAGCACUAUUAACUUAGAUUAAACAUAUGGAUUGUAGUAAUGUUGGAGCCUACCAGGAUGUUGUGAAAUUGGUCAGGGGCUAUUGCAAGCCGUUAGGUUUGUCACUUUGCCUCUGUGGAGUACAUAUGUUCAUUUUCUAGUUAAAUACAUAUAGCGUAAGGGAAAAGUCUGAGGACUAGGAUUACUGUUACCAUCCUCUAAUCUACAAGCUGACUAGUGAAUACAAAGGACGCUCUGUAUAUAAUAGCUGUGGCUAAUUAAGGAGGUAAGAUAUAAGGCACUAUAGGGUCUAACGGUAACUCCAAAAUGUAGUGGGUUCGUCCCAGAUAUAUUAUUGGAGCUGAUCUUAUUUUCCUAUGCACAUAGUAGUAGGUUUAAAUGUGGUCUUUUUGGAUUUAGUGCAUGUCAUGCGUGACUACCAUUAUAGAAAGAACAAAGAGUUGUCAUUCUCCAUAAUAAAAUAACUAUUUUGUAAUAUAGCAAAUGUAAUAGUUGUGCCUUUAGUGUGAAAAAAUACUGUUUUGACAGUCAGAAAGCAGGGCUAUAAUUGAACUCUCAGGAUCUGGCCCUUUAAGGAGUGGCUGGGCACAGUUCCAGUGAAAACCAUAAGCAAGCCCUACUCCUUUUUGUGUUAGUAUUUCUUAGUGGGAAAAGUUAUUUAUUUUUUGUAGAGUGAACAUUAAUGAAGAAAACAUGUC